AGUGUACUGUGCACAAUGUGAAGUUUUGCUUAUUAUUAUUUUGAAUUGUUAAACAAAGCAAGAGCAUUACCUUUGAAUUAAUUGGGUUGCACGAAAAGGAUUCCUAAACUAUAAAUGAUUGUUUUUCCAGCUAUAAGCUAUUAAAAACAUAAAGUGAUUUAGUAUAUAUAUCAGGGAUAAUGGCGAAAAUCUGCAGAGUUUGCAUGGAUAUUUCGGAUAAACUCGUUAACAUAUUUGACGCCAGACGAAAGACUAGAGUUUCCAUUGCCGAGAUGAUCGCGCAGUGCACCGGAUUCGAGGUCAAACGUGGCGAUUUGUUUUCGGAAAUGAUAUGUCUACCCUGCUUUGAGGACGCAAAGAGCGCGUAUGGGAUUAGGCAAACUUGUGAGAAAAGCCACCAGUUCUACUGCAAAGUUCGCGAUGAAGGCAUCGAGGAUGCUUUAUGCGCCUUGCUCGAAGAAGAAGACUGGGAGAUUUCGGAAGACGAAGAUGCGCGGAUCGAUUCUGCAUCCGAUGCUGAUGACGAUGGGAAAAGCGACAGCAAGAAGUUUGCAUUCGAAUGUUGCGAAUGCCACAAGAAGUACCAGCGAAAGGGAAGUUUGCUGAGGCACAUGAGAACUCACACGGACGGACAAUCCUUCCCAUGCCCCUACUGCAAGCGGAACUUUAGACUAAGGGUCACUCUCAAGGCGCACAUGAAGACCCACAAUGUAUCGAAACCCUACGAGUGUUCCCACUGCUCCAAGACCUUUGCGCAGCAGUCCACUCUGCAGUCGCAUGAGCGAAUUCACACUGGCGAACGGCCAUUCAAGUGUUCAGAGUGCUCCAAAACCUUUAUUAAAUCAUCCGAUCUCCGGCGACACAUCCGCACACAUGGCAGCGAAAGACCGUUCAAGUGCUCCAAGUGCACGAAAACAUUUACGAGGAGGUUUCACCUUAAAAACCAUUUCCGUUCUCACACUGGUGAACGACCAUUCAAGUGUUCCCACUGCCCCACGGCCUUUGCUCUCAAGCAGCACCUCAAGGAACACAGUCGCCUGCACUCACCAGAUCGUCCAUUUCGCUGCUCCCACUGUCCCAAGACUUUUCGGCUGAGCAGCACUCUCAAGGAGCACAAGCUCAUACACAGCGUCGAAAGGACCUUUAAGUGUCCUCACUGUGCCAGUUCCUAUAAGCAGAGAAAAACACUUGGUAGACAUAUCCUCGAGUUACACGAGUGACCACUACUUUAAAAACACUUGAGAUACACUACUUUAAAAUGGACCAAAACGAUUUUGUUAGAUGAUAAAAUACACUAACAUAUUUAUAGUUAUUGUAAUAAUAAGGUAUACAAUUGGUUUGUAAUGAAUAUGCAUAUUUUGAU